AUGGUGCUCCAAGCCACGGCCGACGGCAGCUUCGACGCCGACGCCGCUGGCGACGACUGGGCGGCGCUCAAGACCGACGGCAAUGGCCUCUUUGCCAAGAAGGACUACGUCGGAGCCAUCGAUGCCUACGCGCGCGCGCUCGCUGCGGCGCCCAAGGACCAGCAGCAUCUCGUGCUCGGCAACCGGUCGUCGUGCUACUUUCAGCUGCAGCGGUACUCGGACGCGCUCGCCGAUGCCAACGCGGCGCUCGCGCUGCAGCCGCAGUGGGAGAAAGGGCGCGCGCGCAAGCAGUGCAUUCUCAAGGCCAUGGCGGUGUCCAAGGCGGCGACGGCAACGACGACGGCCAAGGCGCUGCGCGGCCUGUACGUCGAGAAGGACCCGGUCGUGCCCGACGCGGACGCAACCAAGCCGGCGCAGAUGCUGUGGCGCCGUUUGAAGCAGUCGCUGGCAUCGCAGCACCAGGGCUGCCUCGACGGUAUCUUUGCCAAGCUCAGCAACGAACGCGACUUUGUGCAGCUGGUCUACCCGGGCAUCUCGGCCGAGGACAUUCAGCGGCAGCAGUUGCCGCGGUCGUUGCGCCAGCUCCUCGCCGACGCGGCCACGUACGAGUCGGAGCUCAUUGCGCUCAUGCCCAAGGUCGAAGCCAAGGCGAACCUCGUGCUCGGGAACGUAAAAGCCAAGGGCGCAGCGCAGGGCGAGAUCAUGGACGCCGCCACCGAGGCCGUGUUGCGACCACAGGUUUUCAACGAGGCCUUUGCGCGCGAACUUUUGAGCAUGAUCCAGCGCGUCAACACCCACAAGCAUGCGCUCUUGGCGCAAGACGCGCGGUUCCUCGCGAGUCCCGACGCCGAGUGCGCGCACCUCGCACGCAUCGACGACCAUGUCGGCGACCGCCUCUUUCGAUCGUGCACGGUGGCGUGUGGCGUGCUCGAUAGCUUUAUGGGCGACGAGUACAUUCCCUUGUUGCGGAGCGAUGCGCUCCGUCUGCGCAAACAAGGCAAACUCCUACCUGUCGGGCCCCACGCCAUGCGCUUCUGGACAACCGAGAGCUCGUUGAGCGACGACUUUCCCGCACUUGCCGACGUGGUCGAGAAGCUGCAUAUGCUGCCCUUUGCUCUCAACCGGCAGUUUGACCUCCGACUCUGCGACGAGGCCAAGAUGGAGGUCGCGUGCUCGACGUCCCUGGUGUGCCUCGAGACGGGACAGUCGCAGCCGCGCCGUCUCGACUGCGGUCCGCCCGGCGAUCCCAAUGACAAUGGCUACAAGCUCACGUGCGUCUACUGUCUCGGUGGGGACGAGACCGUGUCGGGCGGCGACCUCGAAGUGACAUCGCUCUCGUCCGGUGUCGCAACGGUGUUUGCUGCUACAACCGACUGUCUCUGGCUCUACAAGAGCCAAGAAGUGCUCAAUGCACUCACGCCCGUGACGUCGUCCAGCCCCAUGUUCUACCUCGUGUUUCGUAUCCAUGGCAUGGUGCCCUUGUGA